AUGCACAAGAAAGCAUCGUUUAAAACUCAAAGCAGAAAGAAGAACUGUUAUCUGGACUUCAGUGAUGAGCAAAUGUGGGAACCAAAAUAUUUAAAGGCCAGAUGUAAGGAAUUGUGUCUAGAAGAAGAGUAUGAAAAAUAUCAGAUCCGACUCAUGAUCAGUUACCUCACCGUCUUCUUCCCUUUGUUUAUAUUUGUGGUCUUAGGCUGCGAAGUAUGCCCAUGGAUUUUCUCCGAGCAAAAAAAACUCAUCUUCUUCGAAAUGAUAUCGGCCGUAAUUUUAUUAGUUACUGUUCCUGGCACUUUGAGCAUAAAUUUCUUUGAGAGCUUUGUGCUGCGCCACAGGUGGGUUAUGGUGUUUACUUCGAUUUUGUCCACGUAUAUUGUGGUACUUGUCGAUAUAUUUCAGAUAUUAGUGUACCACUUCAAUAAUCACUGGCCUCUCAAUACAGCAUACGAUGUCUUCGUGCUCUGCAUGAUUUACAUGUUCCUGCCAAUUCCUUCGAUCAGGGAUGCAACCCUACUGGCCUCCUCGGUCAGUCUUAUGUACAUGGGAUUAUUCACCUACUUUUUAAUGCAGGACGAUGAAGAUAUUUCAGAUAUGGUUUAUGACCUUAAUACAAUUUGCGUCGCCAUAUUUCACUAUUUGGGUUUCAACCUAAUGGGCAUUUUCUUCCGCAUCAUGAACGACACCAUGGUGCGCUCCUCUUUCCUGGACCGAUACCAGUUCCUCAGGGAGGAGAUAUGGCUUCGACAAGCUCGCCAGCAAGAAUCGAUGCUGCUGGACAGCAUUCUUCCCCCUCAGAUUGCAAAGCCCAUCCAGCACAGCAUUAUGGAAAGGAUCAUAGCGUCCGAAAGCGAUUCAGACCGCUAUCUCGCCAAUCCCCGGAAAUCAGAUAACUUUAUGGCCAUUCAAGUCCAUCCAGACGUUUCCAUCCUGUACGCAGAUGUGGUGAACUACACCCAAUUGACGACGACACUGUCGGUGGAGAAGUUGGUCAAGGUCCUGCACGAUCUAUACGGCAGAUUCGAUAUGGCCGCCUCCACAUUCAAGGUGCAGCGCAUCAAGUUCCUGGGCGAUUGCUACUACUGUGUGGCGGGCUUAGGGGAAUCUGAUCCCGACCACGCUAAGAUGGCUGUGUCCCUGGGGAUUUCCAUGAUUGCAAACAUCCAGGAGGUGCGUUCCUACCGUGCAUUGGACAUCGACAUGCGAAUAGGGGUCCAUUCGGGCACUCUGCUCGCAGGUGUGAUCGGAUAUGCGAAGCUGCAGUAUGACAUAUGGGGUCCCGAUGUGGAUAUUGCCAAUCGGCUGGAGGCAACCGGAAAACCCGGUUACGUGCAUGUUAGUGGUCGCACCCUGAGUAGCCUGAACGUAUCUCACUACACGAUAUUUCCGGGAACGGAAGUGGCCCAGAGGGAUCCCGUACUGCAGAAACAUCCAAUGAGCACCUACCUCCUGACGGCCGCUCCAAGCCGCAAUUCAGUCAGACCCGUGGAUGCAGUGCACUCCUACGCCGACAUCAAUAUAAAGGCGUUGGGAGCGUCCCGGAAAAGCCCGAUUUUGAAGCCUACCGUAAUGUCAGAUGAGUUGCGUGAGGAGUUUAAAAAGAUGCCAGUGGGAGGCGUUCAAAUUCGAUCGCCGUGCUGCCGCGACACAAAUGCGAGUGAUGAGAAAGUCAAUCGUGACUUGGGCGUAUUUUGUGUGGCGUUCAAGGAUCCGUCUCUGGAAAGGAGUUAUUUGCAUAAGCCAGACUUCAUCUUGAAAUACUCAGUGCUGCUGGCUUGGGCAAUUGGAUGCUGCCUUAUCUACAUACAGGUAGUGCACGACAAAUACAGCAUUUGUAUGGAAUGCAUCAUGAUCGACGUGGUCGUGUUUACCUUCCUGACUUCCUUGCUCUUUAUCUCCUGGUACAAGAAGGUGUGCUGGUGGAGGAGUGCAGAGGAUGAAUUCCUAAAGCAUGGCAGAGUCAGCUGCAAGCUGUUCAAGAUCUUUGAGCGAAUCCAGCACAGUUUCGUCCUGCGCGUUACUAUCUAUCUGACCAUAGUUGGGAGCUAUUACCUGGUAAUCUCCACGAUAUUACUAAACUGCGACAAAAAUCAGUACGAGCUGGAUGUCAUCAACAGCAAGCUCUAUCACUACGACAUCGUCACUGACAACUGCUUCCAUCCGUGGGUCUUCACGGACAUGAUUUCCCUGGUCAUGGGCGUGAGCUACACCUUUGCCCGCAUCCCAUUUGCCCUCAAGAUAUUCAUUUGCUGCUGCGAGGCCCUCGCCUACUUGAUAGUCGUGGGUUUCCAGUUCUCAUUCAUUUUCCACCACAGUGCCACUAUAACUCCGUUUAUGAAGGCGGAAAUAGCCCACUGUCUUCGGGUGUGCAUGAUGUUUCUCACGAUGUACGCGAAGGAGCGUCAGUCGGAGUUCAAUACUAAAAUAAACUUCAAGAUCAAUCAGGACUUGCAAAUCAAGCAGAAGUCGGCUGACAUCACAAACAAAUCCAUCAUUAUUCUACUCACUAACAUUCUUCCCUCCCAUGUGGUCGAGGUUUAUCUCGAUUCAGUAGCCCAUCACGAACUGUACUACGAAAACUAUAAAAGCGUGUCCGUCAUGUUCGCCAUGCUCAUCAAUUUUCAAAUGGAUUUGCCCAGCUUGCGAGUGCUAAACGACAUCAUAACAGAAUUCGAUAGACUGUUAAGUGCCUACAAGGAGUACUAUGUGGUCGAGAAGAUCAAAGUCGUUGGCUGCACCUACAUGGCGGCUUGUGGACUUGAUUUUACCCUGGCCAAGUCAAAAUUUGGCAGCAAAGUACAGGUUACUAAUGCCUCUUUCUCAUCCGAAUAUGAACAGGUGCUGUAUCGCAGAGAGUCCAAAUGCCUAGAUAGCGACCAUGAUGAGGUGGCCUUUAUAAUGACCACGUUUGCCCUGGACCUAAUGCGAGUGAUUUCCGUCUGCAACAAGGCGUACGGGGAAAAACCAUUCGACCGGGCUCUGUCCACCGGAGAGAUCUGUAUCGGAAUCUCAACCGGCGAGAUAAUGGCCGGCGUGGUGGGUGCUUCUCAGCCGCACUACGACAUUUGGGGAAACCCGGUCAAUAUGGCCUCCCGAAUGGAGUCGACAGGGCUGCCUGGACACAUCCAGGUGACGGAGGAGACGGCCGAAAUUCUCGAGGAGUUCGAUAUUCAGUGCAUUUACCGUGGCAUGACCUUUGUAAAAGGUCGUGGCGAAAUUCCCACCUACUUUGUGGGCAUCGAUGAGAACUUGAAGUUUAUGCCCUCGGAUAGGAGGAACAGAAAGCAGUCAAAGCGUUUUUCAGUCUUGGCUUCUCUAGUGCCAGAUCACAGUGAAAGCACCCAUUCAAGUGAAAACAUAUGA